AUGAAUGUGGCUCUCGUGCUCUUCGCAAUGCUUCUCGCUGUAAUUUUCAACGCCUGCGAUGGCGCCGCCAAAGGUAAGAACAGUGUUUGAUGCGGUUAAAUCAUUGGUUUUGACUGCGACAAUUUCUGUGUUUACUUGUGACCUCAUGUUUAACAUGCCAACUUUUAAAAAUUACUUCCCGUCAAAAUGAUGACUCUUUUUCGAUAUUUGUUCCAUAUACAAAAAAAAAGAUUUCUUCUGACCUUUAAUAAUCUGUUUGUUUCCUUUAUUUUAAUUGGCCCAGGCGUAAACUAAGCAAGUAACACUCUUUCGACUGGCAGUACAUGUAAUAGUCCGGAACAAAUUUCAUCCUACAAAAAUUGAAUUCUGCUGAUUCUUUUCCAUAAAUUUAAAAAGGCGUUUUAUGCUGUUCUUUCUCUAAAAAGAGACUAAUUUCUUUAGUCUUGUACCUUGAGUGAUUGAUAAGUCACCAAGAUCGGUUGCCUCACUCAAGUUGUUUUUUUUUUACGCCCGAUGGUGUCCACAAGGGUCGCCACACAUGAGGGGAAAACUCCAUGGAACUGGUUCCCGCAAUUCAGCCAGUUCUUUUAAAAUUUGAUCAAAACAUUAGGAAAUUUUAAGCAUGGAGACCCUGAGAAGUUGCAGCAAUAAGGCUUUUUUUCUGAAAACAAACUAAAUCUACUUAAAAAAUUGGCUUUUGAUUCUUCUUCAAGGUGUCAGAGCAAAAGGCGUAGAACACAAAACAAAGCUACAUCGUAAGAUUUUCCAUCAUCCGCAUCAUUACCACCACCGCCAUUACCACCCCCACCACCCACAUCAUCAUCAUCAUUAUCACGGUCAUCAUCGUCAUCAUUUACACUACCACCAUCAUCACCCUCACCAUCACCAUGACAACAGACCAAAGCAUCACUAUCAUUACCACCGACAUUAUCAUCACCAUCACAACCCAUUGCAUCACCAUUUCCACCAACACAACCAUUUCCACAAAAACCCUGUUCAUCAUUAUCAUCAUAAACACUCCUUCCAGCCUCAUCACGGUUCGGACAAGCAUCACCAAAGUCACCGUCGAAGCGAUAUCUUCCAUGUUGCUGGUGUCUUACCUACUAAGCUGAAACUACACGUGCAAGUUAAAGAUAUGCAAGCGACAAAGCGACAGUCUUUGCCCAAUUUGUUGGCCAACCUUGGCCAGCAUCUGAUGAACCUGGGAAGCAGUUUGUCACCGAGAAAAUCGCAGAUGGAAACUCCUUCCCCUUUGAAUGGUAAGCUGUAAUAGGAAACCAACAAUUGUCCGCAAAUCUAUUUGGUUGCAAGUUUCCUCCAUUCAGUGGAUGAUUUUGGACUAUUGAUUAGGGGUUUUCUAUUUACAUAACCAAGAACAACAAAGGAAGGCACAAAAUUAGGUUCUUUUUACCUUGUUGCAGAAAUCCAUGAUGAUAAAGUUGGAAAUGAAAUAUCGGAAACAACUUCAACUGAAGGCAAUAAUUUCAUAGAAGAUUCAUCAUCAACACCAGCUGCUGCUCCGGAGGGCUCGCGGAAAAGUGCUUUGUCUGUAACUGACGUUGAAGCUCUCUUACACAAAGCCCUCGACGCAGCGAGCAGUGAUCAUAACAAGGAGAGUGGUUUCUCUGGAAAUGAUGAAGCAAACACAGUAAGUGUCUUCUUCCCAACGGAAAAUCAAUAAGUAAAUGCGUUUGAUAUUUUAAUAUAAGAGCUUGUGAUUAAGAUAAACCAAUUUUUUGAGUAUGAGGUUUCAAUUAAGCACAUCUUCAUGCAAUUCCCCAACAAUCACCUGACAGUUAUCAAAUGAACCUGUAACUGUUUUUUCUCCUUCAGUCAGAUGCUACUUCCACAAAAGACCUCAACAGUGACGAAGGAAAAAAGGCAGACAGAAGAAAUGAAACCUAUUCGGAGCACGAGAUGUAUGGUCCUAUAGAGAAACAAGAACACGAAGUAUCUAAUGAUACCAUCGAGGACUCUGCUGAACAACGACUUCAUGAGAUAGACGAUAUGAAUAACAAAUAUCAGCUUAAAGACCGACAAGCUAGCACAAAGAGAGAGGACAAGCCUCUCGUACAGGGGACCAAUCCAAAGAAUGCCGCAUCCAAGAAAGACAUUUUAACAGACGAUGAAAACACUAUCUCCCUAAGAAAAAAGGAAAAAACUUUUGAAAAUGGCAUUGACAAUGCAUCAUUACGCCUGGAUAGUGCAUCGUUACCUGAGGAACCCAAAAGCUUGGACAGGAACUCAACAAUGGACGAGAAUGACCGUCACAUUGUCGAGGUUGCUCCUGAAUCUUAUGCAACGUUGACAGAAUCAAAUCAAUCAGCCACUGCACCAGAGAGUGAUAGUCGAGACAUCAAAGAAGAGAAAGAAGAGAAUAUUGAAACUUCAGGGAGUGGAGACGAUUCCCUCGAUGAUGUGCGAAACAAUGAAGAUGCCAGUGAAGACGAUUACAAAGAAUUUGAAGAAGAAAGUGGCUCGGGAGAAGAACCUACUGAAGUUAAAAUCGUUGAUGUAAGUGAAAGAAAGACAUCUGUAAAGGACACUACGAUGCACUCUGAUUUUAGCGGAUCGAAUGAAGGUGUUAAAGAGCCAUCGGAUCAGCCCGCGGUGGUGAGUGUUGCAGGAAAUCAAACUAUGGGAAACCAGAGCGAAGAGGCAUUUUAUUCAGACUCGACAGAGUCUAUCGAACCAAAGAAUGAGAGUCACACCAGCCAAUCUCUCAGUGGUAAUGAUUCAGAGAAGGCAGUAUUUUCAGUAAGUAGUGCUGUAAAAGAUGCAACGAUCCAUGAUAGCAACCCUCGGGAGAACCUGGAUUUCGGUGAAGCCCCGCCAAACAAACAAAGUCAACCGGCAUCGUACGGAAUAGAUAAUGGAUCACGAGCAGCCAGCUUUACUCAGGGAUCUCUGGAACAAACUGAACAAACACAGGCCAUAAAUUCACAGAACGACCAAAAUGGAAUUUCAGAUGAACCUAAGACUCCGGCUGUCAUAGAUGGCCCUGCAGAGCCUCCUCUGACCAAUAUUGCUUAUCCAACAGUGGUGAAUGUAGAUGGGUCUCAAUUAAAUGAUUAUCACGAGGAUGCGUCCCAAGAUAUAAGUCUCGAGGAUAAUUCGGAUGAGAUUCCCGUCUACACCUUAUCGUCGCCAGUAGGUGACGAUUCACUGGCAGAGGAUGAAACCACCUUGUCGUCGAUGCCUGCGUCUUCCGUUAACACGGCGUCAGCUGACAUCAGUGACUCAGGGGCAACUAUUUCCCCAGGGUAUUCAGAAUCAUCGCUGUCAUCUGAGGGAUACAGUACGUUUCCCAUUGCAACUGCACCAUCUGAAUUCGCAAACAGCACUUUAGCAGAAGAAGGUAGGUAAACGACACCUGGGCAUCCUUUAAAAUUGACUUUCAAGAAAGCGGUAAAUGAAAUGGAGUUAUAGUGUAAUCGUCUGGGUUGGAGAAUGGAACAAAGUAAAUAUUCUGAGUCUUUAUGAGGAAACGAACCUCAGACCUUCCGCGCUCCGAUACACUACCACUGGGCCAUAGAGACUCAAUUAUGAGCGAUCAGCGAUGUCGAUCACGCCACGUUUUUAAAUUGUAAUGGACCUCGCUCACCAUAGAGUCUCUGUGGCUCAGUGGUGGAGCAUCGGAGCGCGGAAUCCACAGGUCUGAAGUUCAAUUCCUCAUGGGAACUCAGAAUCUUUUCUUUAUCCCAAGCUCGUGACAAGACGAAAAAUAUUUUUCAUUAUGUUUCUUUACCGAGCUCAAAACUUACUAUCUGUCCUUCUCUAUUUACAAAAAUGACGCUAUCGAAAUCGCUAAUCCUAGCAGUAUGCACCAUAAUAAUGGCCAAUAAUGACACUCCUCGACACUACUCUUACUCAGACCGAAAGAGUGAUUUAUAUUAAUUUAAUGAAAACCUCUUGAUUUUCUAUAUAAUCAUUUAUUUCAGUCAGUCAUCUAAAUAUUUAAGCAUGAUAGUUUUGGUCUAAUUGUCCUAAGAUGAUACAAAAAAAGGAAAUAACAAAAAUAUGCGUACUUGAAAUAAUGUUCUUUGGACCUCCAUAGAAAAAGUAAGGAUUGAUUCUCGAAGACUGAUGGACCUUACACUGAAGGGUUGUUUCAAGGUAUACUUGAGGGUGCCCUUGUCAUAAACAUUACCCAUAUAUUUAAAUCAUUUCUCUUAGGUGGUUUUCAAAGAGACAUGCUUGAUGACCCAGUACAGGAGUCUCUAGAAACAGUUGUUGAUAGCAAAUCGAGCUAAAAGCAAGUGGUAAGUGCCCUAAAUGAUAACUAUCUUUAAAUGUCUAGGAUGCAUUUCGAUUGAGUGUGGUACGACUUACACCAAAGCAAUUAGAACUGUCGAUAAGAACAAAGAAAGAGAUCAAAAGGAGUGAAUGAAGUCGCACCCAAAAUCAAGGAAUUUCCUCAUGAUACAAAGAACUCGUUCGUGAGCUGGGAACCAUACCAGAUUCACGAUCUUCCUUAUCUAACUGCAGAUUAUAGAAAUGCUAUGUGACACUCUGUUCUUUAAUUUUUAUUUGUAGAUGAGCAAAGUGGCAUGAAAUUACAUUGGUAACAUUACAAGCAAAUUUUUUCUGCCGAAAAGAAACUUUCCUACAAGGUUCUGAUUAACAUUUCCUGAUAUCAUUGCCCGACAGGGACAAGAUUUUUUAAAAGCUGUUGUUUACCGCUCUUCAUGACUAAUUGUUAUUUAAUUCUAAGUCCACCAUUGUAAUUUUAUAUUCAUUUUGAUAAUGUAGUCGGUAAGUGAUCUCUUUGGAGGAUUGGUUCUGAGAACUGUAUAGAGUAAGAAAAACGUAGAACCACAAAGAGGUAUUUUGUUCCGUUUUGCUCCGUUAUAGUUUUGUCAUUUCUUCAUACUGUGAAGCAAAAAAAAACGUUUCUUCGUAGGGUUUUCCAUAGCAAAAAUAGGUACUAUACGGUUAUGUAACUAUGCAGGCUGACUGCUUUGUUGCUGCUGGUAAAGUACAUGUUAAACUGUAAGGUUACUUUACGUUUGAAAGUUGUACUUACCUAGAGACUUAUGUAUAUACAUCGCUAUAUAAUCUUAGUUGUAAUUGAUAUGUUACUUGUUUAGGGAUAUAUCUUUAACUGCAUCAGUUUAGCCAGC